AUGUCUCUUCCAAAACUCAAGCACCUUAAACUCGGUGGAGUCAGAUUCAGCAAUGAGUACAACAAUGAGCUACUCAGUUUAUCCAAUUGCCCUGUACUUGAAGAUUUGACACUCGAAAAUUGUGAAUGGGUUGAUGGGAAGAAUUUCUGUAUUUCAGCUCCUUCACUUGAAAAUUUGAAAAUUAUUAGUGAUCGUCAAGACAAUUACUGGGUUGUUAGUCGAGAACCUGGUUUACGAUACAGUGGUCUCGAAAUUCAUGCACCAAGACUGGUGUCUCUCACCUACAAGGAUAGCAUUCCGAAGGAUUAUGUCAUGUCCAGUUCUCCAACACUAGUUGAAGCAGAUGUAGAUGAUUUAUAUUCCGAAGGAUAUAUUUGUAAUGCAACCGAGGAGCAAAAGAUAGGUCUUGGUGCAUCGGCAAUUGGGUUUCUUGGAGUGCUUUCACAUGUAAAGGUUCUAUCAAUUGCUGAUCAACUCGUAGAGUCUGCUUGGGAAGCACUAGUUGCUUUGUUCCGAUCAGCACCUAAUCUGGAGUCCCUUGUAUUGAACAAGAUAAUAAUUCAUCACUGGGGUAAAAAAGACGACGACAACCAAGGAGAUGAUGAUUGGGAACUUGAUAGUAUGACUACUGGAUGUUUUUUACACCUCAAGUCAGUUUGCUUUAAGCAAUUUUUAGGUCACCCACAUGAGAUGAGGUGGGUGGAACUAGUUUUGGAAAAUGCCAAAGCAUUGCAAACAAUGACUAAAUCAGGCGAAUUUGUGAAACGCAAGGAAGAAAUUGUGGCGGAGUUGUCAAAUUUUCAUGCAGGAAUUACAGGCCAAAUACAUAAGCGUGAUUUUGAAGGAAGGAAGAUCCUGACAGAUGCGAAGAUUUCGCCCAUGAAGGAAUGA